CUUACCUUGGAGAUGUCAAAAUAUUUCAUGUCUUUUCUAUGUGUAACUAACGAUACCUUUAAAUUUUGAGACUAUAACCAAAUUUUAUUUUCUUUAGGUAAACAAUUUAGAGUUUGCUUCCAUGAUUUUUGAGAAGUAAUAAACUAAGCAAAGUUAGCAAUAUUAUUAUUGUGUAUUUAGAAGUCACAAUCAAAUGAUCAAUAAACCACGCUUCUCUUGCUUUCGCUUUAAAUUACUCAACCAUAUUGUAUUUCUUUCUUCUCUUCUUUCCCGCAAUAUCUACUCUCUUUUUUUUUCCUCCAUAAAGAUACUUCAUUAGCAAUGGAAGAAGAUAACGGCGAAAGACAACGUGACAACGUCGGAAGUUCCUCUUUCUUUAAGACAUGUUUCAACGCACUCAAUGCUCUUUCAGGAGUUGGGAUAUUGUCGGUACCAUAUUCACUUGCUCGUGGAGGAUGGUUGAGUCUUUCACUUCUGUUACUCCUAGCCGCAACCGCCUUCUACACAUCCUUGCUCAUUACAAAAUGUAUGAAUGCGGACCGCAACAUCAAAACAUAUCCGGACAUUGGAGAACGCGCAUUUGGUAGACCAGGGAGAAUCAUUGUGUCACUCUUCAUGCACCUAGAACUCUAUCUAGUCACCACAGGUUUCUUGAUCCUCGAGGGAGAUAAUCUUCACAAUCUUUUCCCCGGAUUUAACAUAAAAAUGAUCGGAUUGAGAUUGAAUGGCAAACAAGCGUUCAUGGCCACUGUCUCACUCGUUAUCAUGCCGACUCUAUGGUGGGAUAAUCUUAGCGUCUUGUCUUAUGUUUCUAUGAGUGGGGUUUUAGCUACGACUGUGACUCUUGGAUCAAUAUCGUGGGUUGGAGCAUUUGAUGGAAUUGGGUUUCAUCAAAAGGGAAAGUUGAUUAAUUGGAGUGGGAUCCCUACAGCUUUGAGCUUAUAUGCUUUUUGCUAUGGUGCGCAUCCAGUUUUGCCCACUUUGUAUUCUUCUAUGAAAAGCAAACAUCAGUUCAACAAUGUCCUACUUGUGUGUUUUAUGUUAUGCACCAUAGGAUACACCUCAAUGGCGGUAUUGGGCUACUUGAUGUAUGGAUCACAAACAUUAUCACAAAUAACACUGAAUCUUCCAGUUCAUAAGACGAGUUCGAAGGUGGCUAUAUACACAACCCUAGUAAACCCUGUAGCCAAAUACGCAUUGAUGAUCACACCAACGGUGAACACCAUAAAAGAUUGGUUUCCUUCGAGUUACGCCAAAAAGACAUACUUGCAUCUCCUGAUCAGCACGUUUUUCAUAAUAAGUAGCGUCUUCAUCGCCGAGACACUUCCCUUUUUCGGCUAUAUGAUGUCGCUGGUUGGAGCGUUACUGAGCGUCACGGUUUCCAUACUUCUGCCUUGUUUGUGUUACUUGAAGAUCUCUGGAAAUUACAAGAAGAUUGGGUUUGAGACUAUAAUGUUGUGUGGAAUGGUGGUGUUGAGUGUUUUUGUUGGAGUUUUAGGUACUUACAUUGCUAUCAGAGAAAUAAUUGGAAGUGUAUAAUAAAACAAAUUAAAAUA